GUAAUAGACAUUUGUUUCCACCCGGCGGUUUUGAAUGUAGCAAUCCUAUGCGCUUUGGGGUGUGUUGACUGCUGUUUAUUCUUGUGCGGGCGGACUAAAACAGACAUUAACACUAAUAAUGGAUGAUCAGGGAUGCCCGAGGUGCAAGACGACCAAAUACAGAAAUCCAUCUCUGAAGCUGAUGGUGAAUGUGUGCGGACACACGCUGUGUGAGAGCUGUGUGGAGAUGCUGUUUGUCCGUGGCUCAGGUAACUGUGUGCAGUGCAACACUCCGCUCAGAAAGAGUAAUUUCCGCGUACAGCUCUUCGAAGAUCCAGCCAUCGAUAAAGAGGUGGAGAUCCGCAAGAAAGUUCUCAAAAUCUAUAAUAAGAGGGAAUUUGAUUUUUCCUCUCUGAAAGAAUAUAAUGACUACCUAGAGCAAGUGGAGGACAUUGUGUUUAACCUGACUAAUAACAUAGAUGUCGAAAGGACCAAGCAGAUUAUGGAACAGUACCAGCGGGAUAACAAAGACGUUAUACAGAAAAACAAAGCCAAACUAACACGUGAGCAGGAGGAGUUGGAGGAGCUGUUGUUACAGGAGCAGCAGGUUUCUGAGCAAAGGAGACUGGAGACCCUUCAGGAGGAACAGAGACAACUACAGGCCAAGAGGAAAAACAAACAGGCCCUGCUGGAUGAACUGGAAAUUUCCAAGUUACCAGCGGCUGUGCUGUUGGCCCAACAUAAAGAUCGAGCUGUUCAACUGGAGACACAGAUAGAAAAACAAAAGCAAAAUGUCAAGCCAGCAAACAUCUUCUCUACUGGAAUAAUGAUGGGUCAGACUGUUUCUUUUGCUUCCGUGUCUCGCGUGGAGGAGGUGUUGUACGUCUAUCAGUCUCUGUGCAUUGACACAUAUGGGCCGCCCGUUCCAGAACUGGAUCAUUUGGGCCGAUUAGGGUUACGUGGGGCAAUUGCCAAGGACUUGUCAUUCAUUUCCAUGCCAAUGUUUAGACUACUACUACUUCUACAGAAACACACGUUGCCAUACAUGAAGUCAUCUUGUGCUAGACAGGAAGUAAUCCAUCAGCAGGUCAGAAGAGGGCACAUGUGUGAACAGGGUAUCUGAAUCAUGUGCGCACAGCGUCUCCACAGGAUCAGGCUGGUGGUUAUACAUCAGGACUGGCAUGCCAUCGUGCCAUCCAAGAUGCUUUCAGUGGCCUCUUCCCCUCAUGAUAUUACAGAACUACAACCACUGCCACUCCAUCUGUUCAUCAGUCUUCCUAAAGACUCACUGACAAGCAAAGGGAGAGGCUUUGAAUGUUUGGAUGCAUAGGAAAGAUUCCUGUGAAGGACUCCAUUCAGAAUACCCUGGAGUUUAUGUUGAAGAGUGACAUAAACAAGCUUUAAUAGGUGUACAGAUUUUUUUGUUGAUAAUUUUUGUAAUGCUGUUUCAGUUAAAUAAACUUUUUUUUUUUCUGUG